UCUAUAAAAUCUUUCUACAGAAUGUCUCGACGCUCAUAAUCGCAAAUUUCCGUGUCCUUUUCUACCAAAAUUCCGCACAAUCACUAACUGCUAUCGCAACGAUGUCGUCGGAGGCGGAGAAGAAGGCGGUGAGCAGUUCCUCGACGGUGAGCGGUUCCGAUGGAUCGGAGGAGAAGAAGGGUUCCGAUGGAGAGGAGGGGGAGGAGAAGAAGACUUUUGAUGGAGAGGAGGAGGAGCUGAUGGUUAGGAGUUCUGACGGAGAGAUAUUCAAGCUGUCGCCGACUGCGAUUCAGCAGUCGCAAUUUUUAAAACGCAUGAUCGACGAUGCCGUCAGGGACUGCAUUCCCAUUCCGAAAGUUACCGGAAAGAUCCUCGCAAUGGUGAUUAAGUACUGUAAGGCUCACGCCUCGACUUUGAAUUUGAUUGAUCUCAAGACCUUCGAUGACGAGUUUAUAAAAGUCGAUAUGGACACUCUGUGCGACCUCAUACUGGCUGCGGACUACCUGCGUAUUAAGGGCCUUUUGGUUCUAACUUCCCUUUCCAUGUCGAGGUUGAUCAAAGAUAAAACUCUACCCGAGCUUUGCAAGGCAUUUAACAUCUAUGACUUGACCUCCGAGGACUUAGAGCAGAUCGAUCGGGAGAACCAUUGAGCUUUUGAAUGAUAUGCUAUAACUCUCUCCAUUUAUGGCUGAUUGCUGCAGAUGCUGGAUAGCUGGUUUUAAUCACUUGUUUGGUUCACUGAAUGCUAUGUUUCGUGAUGCUACUGUGCUUUUGUUCUUUCAUAUUGACACUAUCCCUGUUCCUGAAUUCUGUCCUUUAUUUUGGACCGGACCUUUUGGUGACCUCUUAGAACUUGCUAUGGAAAAUAUAGUGGUUAUAGCAUUUUCUUUUUUGAAAA